AUGGAUGUCACAGACCCGCAAGCUAAGGAGCAAGAAACCUUAGAACUCCCAGAGGAAAUGCAGCUGGAUGGUGACGACCAAGGCGAAGGCGACGAGGGAGAGGAUGAUGAUGGCAUGGACGACCUCUCAGACAUGGGGCCUCUGCCAGAGGAGGAACAAAAUGAAAAGCAGCAAGCCGAUGGGGAUGAGGAUGAGGAUGAGGAUAUGGAUAUGAAUGCCGAUGAACAAGCAGUCGGUGACGAUGAGGAGAUGGGAGAGGAAGGCGAAGAGACAAACGAAGGCGAGGGUCAAGAGGAGGAGAACGAGGCGGGAGGUGACGAGGCGGAAGAUCCUGAGCAGGAAGAGUUCCUCACCCAGCGGGAUGAGAAUGAAGCAGCCGGCGACGAAGUUGCCCCAAGUGACGCUGUGAACGGUGGACUCGCUGCUGAUCAAGAUCAGAACGAAAACAAAGGAGCUUCGGGUGAUGCGCAGCAGGAAAGCGGUUCGACCGACCCAACUGCCAAUGCUGAGCAACAGACAGGCGCGGCCAAGGAUAGUGAGGAAAGCAAACGCAGUCGCGAUGCUGGCGGUGCCGAGGACUCAGCACCCAAUGAGCCUCAGAUGCAAGCCUUCAAGAAACUCGGCGAUAUCCUCGAGCAGUGGCAUCGUCGGCAGAAGGAAGUUCUCAACCCGUCUCAGGAAGAAGAGGAAUCUCAACCUCUUCCCCAAGAUACCGACAUGGCAGACGCAGACUUUGAGCAUCUCAAGGAUGACGACGAUGUGGCCGACACUCAGGCCCUUGGCCAAGCCAAUGACGAUCAGGCUCAAGGUCUCGAUCAGAACAAGGGUGUUGAAUCCGAGAACCAACCGGGGGAGAGAGACGCCUUGCCUGACAUUACAGACGAUAUGCAGGAGACCUUGGAGAAUCAGCUGCAGGACGAAAUGCAAAUCGACCGUGAAGCUCCUCCCCGGGAUGGCGAGUCUGCCGGUGCAUUCAUCCCCGGUGAUCGCCCAUCAGGCAAUUCCACGGACGGAGCUCUUGGCACUGAGGAUAUCAACGAGGAAUUGGACGAGGUCGACUCGCAACUCGCGGCCAUUCAUCUUUCAUCCUCUCUCCCGCCUCUCACCCCAGAGUCUGAAGCCCGACGGCUCUGGUCUCACUACGAGAAUGCCACCAAUGAUCUCUCGUUGUCCCUCACCGAACAACUUCGUCUGAUUCUGGCUCCCACGAUGGCCACCAAACUCCGCGGCGACUUCCGUACCGGAAAGCGUCUCAACAUCAAGCGCAUCAUUCCCUACAUUGCUUCUCAGUACAAGCGGGACAAGAUCUGGAUGCGUCGAUCGAUCCCUUCCAAACGGAACUACCAGAUCAUGCUGGCUGUCGAUGACAGCAAGUCGAUGCUUGAGAGCGGCUCCGGUCAGCUUGCCUUUGAGACCCUCGCACUCGUGGCCAAGAGUCUAUCCAUGUUGGAGGCGGGUGAUCUCUGCGUGCUGGGCUUCGGUAACGAAGACCACGUCCGUGUCGCGCACGAGUUUGGCAAACCGUUCUCAUCCGAAGCCGGCUCCCAGGUCUUCCAGCACUUCAGUUAUCAGCAGACCGGAACGAAUGUGCGGAAACUCAUCGCCGAUUCCAUCGCUCUCUUCCGCGAAGCCCGAUGGAAGCGAUCCCCCGGCUCGGGCUCGGCUGAUCUGUGGCAACUUCAGCUCAUCAUCUCGGAUGGUAUCUGUGAGGACCACGAUACCAUUCGCCGUUUGGUGCGACAAGCUCUUGAAGAGCGCAUCAUGAUCGUGUUCAUCAUCGUGGAUGCCGUCAAGGGUAGCUCGAUCCUUGAUCUCUCCCAGGCCAGCUUCGAAGCGGACCCGAAUUCGGGGGGUGAGAUGAAGUUGCGGAUGAAGCGUUAUCUCGAAAAUUUCCCGUUCCCUUACUACUUGGUGGUUCGGGAUGUUCGAGAAUUGCCAUCCGUCCUGGCCACUGCGCUGAAGCAGUGGUUUGCCGAGGUGGUUGACGUGUCUUCAUGA